ACUCCAUUCUGUUCUUGAUUUCUGUUGCUUCACCUCGCAACCGCAACCCAGCGGAGCCGCGUCAGUCUGCACUCACGUGCUGCUCUCGCCACGAAGAGUUGCCAUACGAACGUGCUCUGCGCCAUGCUGAGCCAGCUGCUGCGUUUCUCCUGCUUCUUCCUGCUCUACGGCAGAUGAGGACUCGUCAACGCUCGCUCAUCGGAGGAAGUCGCCUCGAUUUUCGCUGCAGCUGCUUCUAAUUUCUUUCCGCUGACUUGUGCUUUCAACUGCUUCCGCUGCGUCCGCUGACUUGUGCCUUUCUUGCAAGAAACUCGCUCGCGCCCCAUCGACCAUCAUGCUGCAACCUUACCGAGUUUUCCAAGGCAAUAAUGCUUCGUGGAAAGCAUUUCAACCUUCCGACCCUUUCAUUUCGCCGCGAAGUCUGUCCUUUUCGUGUCGUUCUUCCGCGAGCUGACAGAGCAACUCUUUUUUCUUCUUCCAGCGAUAAUACCGCAUACAAGGUUCUUCCUCAAAAGGUAGCUGAAUAAUACCGCUAAAAGUCCCCACAGACAGCCGCUCCGUUCCCCAGCGGUACUACCGUUUUUCUAGUAAAGAAGUAUAUCCUCCUCCGGUGCCAGCCAUAAUGGCGGCUGCUCUCGUGCUUUUGCUCCUGCUGUUUGCCACCCCAACCUCAUCCGCCAUAGAUCUGCAAGACGGGCUCCUCAAUGCCAAAGCCGUUGGGAACUUCGUCGCCCAUCUGGAGGCGCCUCUCUCCGCCUGUGCUGAUGCCACGGGUCAAGCAAGCGGGGGGGCGGGUCUGUUCGUGCUGGACGUCUUCAUGAACGCAACGGGCAGCUUCAACCUGCUCUUCUCAGCGUCGCUCAUGGGGACCUCCGGCCCGCUCCCAGACUCCCUCGGCCUCGUUUUGACUGAUGUGUGCGCGCCUGUUGCUGCUGCUGCUUCUGGUGCUUCCUCUUUUCCUGCUCCGGUGAUUUCUUUCCCUCUGGGGCAGACCGGCUGGGUGGAGCACAGCGGCUGGUGGCUCAACAAGAGGCUGCUUGAAACGGACGGGCUGGUGGCUUGUAGCGAGGAUGAAGUGGGGUACUUGGAGGGGCUGCUGAACGUAACGCCGGAGAUGACUGGUGGUGAUGACGGGACGAGCUAUGACGAGGAUGCAGACACUGGGACUGAGGGAAGUGUGGAUGGGGGGGCGGUGGGCGGUGGUGUGGCAGGUGAUGGUGAUUCGAGCAGCAGUGGGGGAGUGCAGGACGGCACGGGGUUGGGGGGGAGCACGGGGGCAGGAGGAAGCACGGGGUCAGGAGGAAGCACGGGGACCGAGGGAGAUGGGAUCAGCGGCAGCGCUAUGGCAGCACGCAGCAGCAGCAGUAGUAGCAGCAGCAAUGGCAUGUGGGAAACUCCUCCUGGUGGUGACUCGGCUGGCAACUCGCUGGAUGAAACCUUUUACCAAGAGACCACCACCAAGCCGUUGGGCCGCAGGCUGCUGUCGACCCGUCGCCACCUAGCUCUUGGGGCCCUCAAGGAGCAGCUGGAGACUGCCUGGAAGAACCUGGGCGACAAACUCAGGGGAAGUCUUCCCAGGAAGAAUGGCAGCGCAGGGAGUGCUGCUGGUGCUGGUGCUGCUGCUGGUGCUGCUGCUGGUGCUGGGUCAGCGGCAGAAAGUGCUGUGACGUACCAGAUCUUGGUGUCAAGCAAGCAGAGUGGGGCAGCGUGGGGCGGUGUGCUUGAAGGGGAGAAGCUCCCUGACCUCGUGAUAUGAUGUUGAUGCUGCUGGUGCUGGUGGUGCUGGUGGUGCUCCUGGGAAGGCUGGUCAGCAAAAAGGGGCAGGCAGAGGCAGGGGUUGGUGUGACGCACCGUACCAGAUCUUGGUGUCGAGCAAGGAGAGGGGGGCAGCGUGAGCGGUGUGCUCCAAGGGGAGAAGCUUCCGGGUCUUGUGAUGUGAUAUUCCUGAUCGGGGUAAUCAUACCAGCACGGGGUUGCUCGUACCAUACCAGAUACUGGUUCAAUAAGGAGCAACUGGAGAAGCGUGGGGCGGGCUAUUUUGGGGGUAAAGCAGGAAGGGUGUGGGGGAGGGGAAGGGGGUUCUGGAUCAGUUCCAACCAAUACCUACUGAAUACGGUAGUCUUAUGCAGUCCUCUUGGGGAGGGGAAGGGUAAUCUUAUCCACUUCGACUACGGUACCUGAGCCAUGGGUGGGGUGGGGCUUGGUGAAUGCAUAUGUUCUGUGUUUUGGCUGGUGCGUUGGGAAACUAUGUGUGAAUGGCAAGUUGAACCAAUUACUGGUUGGAACGUACUGAACUAGGAGUAACUGUUCAAUUAUAUAUUUUGUUAUAUAAUUGGUAGGCUUGGUAGGUGUUACUGAAACCUACUGUAGAGGGUACAACUCUCCUCCUUGUAUUCCUCUCUCCUAUUCUCGA